CGCCCCGACUCACGCGGGCGUCCGGCGCGGAUUGUAGCCGCCUGGCGGCGGGAUAAGUCGCGCUCGCGCCUAGGGACGAGUGUUUGCGCUCGCGUGGUCAUGGAGGCGCUGCCGCCGCCGCUAGCCACGACCACUCCGGCCUCUGGCCGGAGCCGAAGACUGCUCAUGCUGCCCCUGCUGUUCUUCUUGCUGCCAGCCGGAGCUCUGCGGGCCUGGGAGGCAGAGGAGAGGCCCCGAACCCGCGAAGAAGAGUGUCACUUCUACGCGGGUGGACAAGUGUACCCAGGGGAGACGUCCCGGGUUUCGGCCGCUGAUCACUCCCUGCACCUCAGCAAAGCCAAGAUUUCCAAGCCAGCGCCUUAUUGGGAAGGAACAGCUGUGAUAAAUGGAGAGUUCAAGGAGCUCAAGUUAACUGACUAUCAUGGGAAAUACCUGGUUUUUUUCUUCUACCCCCUUGAUUUCACUUUUGUGUGUCCAACUGAAAUCAUCGCCUUUGGUGACAGAAUUGAAGAAUUCAGAUCUAUCAACGCUGAAGUCGUAGCAUGCUCUGUCGAUUCACAGUUUACCCAUUUGGCCUGGAUUAAUACCCCUCGAAGACAAGGAGGACUUGGGCCAAUAAAGAUUCCACUUCUUUCAGAUCUGAAUCAUCAAAUCUCAAAGGACUAUGGCGUAUAUCUGGAGGACUCAGGCCACACUCUUAGAGGCCUUUUCAUUAUUGAUGACAAAGGGAUCCUAAGACAAAUUACUCUGAAUGACCUUCCUGUGGGAAGAUCAGUGGAUGAGACACUGCGUUUGGUUCAAGCAUUCCAGUACACUGACAAACAUGGAGAAGUCUGUCCUGCUGGUUGGAAACCAGGUAGUGACACAAUAAUUCCAGAUCCAGCUGGAAAACUGAAGUAUUUUGAUAAAGUCAACUGAAAAAUACUUCCUCACGUUACCAUGCUCGACAAUUCUCAGUAAAGCUCACCGUUUUACUACCA